UUAACGCGAGGAGCUCUCCGGCGCUUGGACCAACAUGCUUGAGUAGGCAGCUACAUAUGCUAACCCAGUUCAGUUGCAGAGUGAGCUCAUUGCAGAGUGAGCUCACUUGGCAACUGCUAUGCCCGUAACAGGCCUACCUAUGCCCCCUCCAGCUCCACACCCCGACGGCCGACGGACCAAUAAGCACUGACCCUUUUGCGAGCCGGCCUUCCAUUUCUCCCCCAUCAUUCGAUUGUAAGAAAUUGUUUUGCGCUUCGAGAAAACGGCCACCAAAUCAUAUCGCACAAAGCAAAUCUGUGUUAUCCCAUCUCGCAACCAUCCUCUUUAUUUUCUUAUUUGUUUUAACCCGACGAGAAGAGGUAAAUUUACUCGACGCACAACCACGCUAUAAUUCUUUUUUUCGUCCUCGUUGCCGCACCCGACCAGCAACGUUCGGUCUCCUCUUUUUUUCUUCUUUUUUUUUUCCCACAGGGUCCUCUAAUAGAAAGAAUUAUGUCGUCCAUGUCGCUCCUCAGAAUUGCCUCGCGGGGCCCCUCCAAGACCUUCUUCCGCGCAAACCGACCCGUCGCUCCCACUCGGUCUACCGCGUCCUUCGUUCCGGGCCUGAUUGCCGGCUCGAGCCUCAACUUCAGCACUACUGUGCCCCGAAAAUCCGCUGCGCAUCACGAGGAGACGUUUGAGGAAUUUACUGCUAGAUACGAGACGGAAUUUGAGAAGGUGCAAGAUGUUUUCGAGUUACAGCGUAAUCUGAACAACGCCUUCGCCUACGAUCUCGUCCCCUCUCCCUCCGUGGUGGAGGCUGCACUCCGCGCUGCCCGGAGAGUUAACGACUUCCCCACUGCCGUGCGCAUCUUCGAGGGCAUCAAGGCCAAGGUCGAGAACAAAGACCAGUACCAGCAAUACCUUGACGAGCUAAAGCCCCUGCGCGAAGAACUCGGCGUCGUCCUAAAGGAGGACCUGUACCCCGAGACAGCCAAAUAGACGACCCCACCCUCCUGAUCUC